UUUGUCAAAAUGACGUGAGCUAAAAGCGUUGAAGGUCGGUGACUGUGACCAGCCUAGCAUGGAACUAAUACACCAGUUGGUUGCCUCUUCCCACAUUUCUCCCGAAUCUCCAUCUCUCUUUCUCUCUCUCUGUUCACUUCUACUCAAACUCUCUUUUCAUCAUUCUCCUCUUCUUCCUCCUAACUCUUCCCUUUCUUUUGUUUUCUCUCUAAAACCAAUCCUACAAAACCCUCUCUGUUUCAUGUGCUUCGCCUAACUCCAUUCUGGUCCUUACCCGGACCGACCCCAAUGCAUCCCUCCGCCGUCACAACUGCCGCGGAGCACUCUCCACCGCCUGCGCCACUUCAAACCCUGCUUGACCUCAUCACUAACGUCCUUUCUCUUCUCCUUCUCUCCUCUCUCACCGUCCAAUCCUUCCUCGGAAGGUGGCAGGUGCUCCGCCCCAAGCUCACAUCUCUACAGUCCUCUCUUUCUUCUAUUUCCGAUUCUCCCCAUUGGUCAGAGAACCCUUUGCUCCACACCCUUCUCCCUUCUCUCCUCUCUACUCUCCAGCGGCUUAAGUCUCUCUCUGACCAAUGCACUCUCUCCUCCUUCACCGGCGGCAAGCUCCUAAUGCAGAGCGACCUUGAUAUGGCAUCUGCUUCUCUCUCCAACCAUCUUCAGGGCCUUGAUUUAUUAAUCAGAUCCGGCGUCCUCCACCAGUCAAACGCUAUCGUUUUGUCUCACCCGGGUCCCGGUUCCGCCAAGGAAGACUUGGGCUUCUUCAUCAGAGAUCUUUUUACUAGGUUGCAAAUCGGCGGCAUCGAGUUCAAGAAGAAAGCUCUCGAGUCACUGCUGCAACUGUUUAGUGAGGAUGGAAAAUCGGCGGGUUUGGUUGCUAAGGAAGGUAAUAUUGGGUAUCUGAUCAGUCUUCUCGAUCUUCACAAUCAUCCUUUGAUUCGAGAACAAGCGAUCUUGGCCGUGUCGUUACUGGCAUCGGGUGGUGAUGAGUCGAGGAAGAUUGUGUUUGAAGAAGGCGGAUUGGGUCCUUUGCUAAGAAUUCUCGAAACAGGGUCCAUGCCGUUGAGAGAGAAGGCGGCCAUUGCUAUUGAGGCAAUAACCACCGAUCCAGACAAUGCUUGGGCCAUCUCCGCGUACGGCGGGGUAGCUGUAUUGGUCGAAGCGUGUCGAUCUGGAUCCCAGGCGACCCAGACGCAUGCUGUUGGUGCGCUUCGAAACAUUGCGGCCGUGGAGGACAUGAAAACGGCUUUGGGAGAGGAAGGAGCUGUUCCAGUUAUAGUCCAUCUCUUAGUCUCAGGGACCCCUGUUGCGCAAGAAAGAGCAGCUAAUUGUAUGGCAAUACUCGCCUCUUCCAGCGAGUAUUUUCGCGCCUUGAUCGUACAAGAAAGAGGGUUACAGAGAUUAAUGCAUUUGAUCCAAGAUUUAACAAGUUCCGAUACAAUCGAACAGGUUUUGUGGGCAAUCACUUCUCUAUCAGUAUCAGAUGCCUCCGCGAGGGUUUUAGGUUCAUCAACCAUCUUCAUUAUUCAAUUAGGCGAGUUUAUCAAGCAUGGAAACUUAAUACUGCAACAAAUUUCAGCAUCACUACUUGCUAGUCUAUCAAUCAGCGACGGGAACAAGAGGGCAAUUGCUAGUUGUAUGGCAUCUUUGUUGAAGCUGAUGGAGUCGGCGAAGCCGGUGGGGCUGCAAGAGACCGCGGCCCAGGCGAUGGUGUCCUUGUUGGCUGUCCGGUCUAAUCGAAAGGAGCUGGUGAAGGACGAGAAGAGCGUGAUGCGUUUGGUGCAAAUGCUGGACCCGAAGAACGAGUGCGUCGCCAAGAAGUUCCCCGUGAUGGUGGCGGCGGCAACGCUAUCGGGGGGCAGCCUAGGGUGUAGGAAAAGGCUGAUUGCGUCCGGAGCAAGUCAAUAUUUGCAGAGGCUUUCGGAGAUGGACGUCGCCGGCGCCAAGAAGGCGCUGCAGAGACUCUCCGGUAAUCGCCUCCGGAGCAUCUUCUCCAGGACUUGGAGGGAAUAAGCACAAAAGACACUAACCCCACGCCAACAAAA